CUGUAUUAAUUUAAAAAACCAUAGAGUCAUAAUGCGGCAUACCAUCUUUUUUGAGAGGUGAACAUCACUGAAUAAAAAUGGCUGACAGAAGUGGGAAGAUUGUUCCAGGACAAGUGUAUAUUGAAGUGGAAUAUGAUUAUGAAUAUGAAGCAAAGGACAGAAAGAUUGUGAUAAAACAAGGGGAACGGUACAUCUUGGUAAAAAAGACAAAUGAUGACUGGUGGCAAGUCAAACCAGAUGAGAAUUCCAAAACAUUUUACGUGCCAGCCCAGUAUGUUAAGGAGGUCACUCGCAAAGCUCUAAUGCCUCCUGUUAAACAGACGGUGGGACUGCCAAACAAUUCUAUGAAAAUGAUGCAGAAUCUGCAUCUUCAGAGAUCGACAGAAAACGUGAACAAAUUGCCUGAACUUUCAAGUUUUGGAAAAUCAUCUUCUGUUCAGGGAACAGGUCUUAUUCGUGAUGCCAAUCAGAACUUUGGACCUAACUGUAGCCCAGGUCAGACUCUCAGCCUAAGCCUGGACCUGACCCAGAAUAAUGGAAAACUUAACAGUGACUUACAUUCUCCUAAGGUUCCCAGCCAGAAUAGGACGCGCUUAUUUGGUCACUUUCCAUGUCCGGAGUUCUUGGACACAGAAAAAACCAGCUUCUCCCAGGAUCAGUCUUGUGAUUCAGCAGGAGAAGGCUCAGAAAGAAUACAUCAGGAUUCUGAAUCUGGUGAUGAACUCAGCAGCAGCUCCACUGAACAGAUAAGGGCAACUACACCUCCAAAUCAAGGAAGGCCAGAUUCUCCUGUGUAUGCUAAUCUACAAGAACUGAAAAUAUCCCAGUCUGCUCUUCCUCCACUUCCUGGAAGCCCAGCAAUUCAGAUUAAUGGAGAAUGGGAAACUCAUAAAGAUAUUUCUGGACGUUCCUAUUACUAUAACAGAGGAACACAGGAAAGAACUUGGAAACCACCUCGCUGGACUAGAGAUGCAACCAUAAGCAAAGGAGAUUUCCCAAGUGCAGGAGAUCAAGAGUGGCUCAAGCAUGUUGAUGAUCAAGGUAGACAAUAUUACUACAGUGCAGAUGGAUCUCGAUCAGAAUGGGAAUUGCCUAAGUAUAAUGCUUCGUCUCAGCAGCAAAGGGAAAUCAUUAAAAGUAGGAGCCUGGACAGGCGGCUGCAAGAACCGAUAGUAUUAACCAAGUGGAGACACAGCACCAUUGUAUUAGAUACCAAUGACAAGGACUCUCCAACUGCCUCAAAACUCUGCUUUCCUGAAAAUGAAUCUCCUCCCUCUUCACCAAAGCACCAAGAUACAUCCAGCAGUCCUAAGGGUCAGGAGAAAUAUGGAUUGCUCAAUGUAACAAAAAUUACUGAAAAUGGGAAAAAGGUUCGAAAGAACUGGUUGUCUUCUUGGGCAGUGUUGCAGAAUUCAUCUUUACUUUUUACCAAAACUCAAGGAAGUAGCACAAGCUGGUUCGGGAGUAACCAGUCCAAACCAGAAUUCACAGUGGACCUCAAGGGGGCAACAAUUGAGAUGGCUUCCAAGGAUAAAUCCAGUAAAAAGAAUGUUUUUGAGCUGAAAACUCGACAAGGAACAGAACUGCUGAUUCAGUCUGAUAACGACACUGUAAUUAAUGAUUGGUUUAAAGUUCUCAGUAGUAAUAUCAGUAAUCAGGCUGUAGAAAAUGAUGACGGACUUGAAGAGGAGACCCCAGAUUCACCAGGAAUAGAAAAGCAUGAUAAAGAAAAGGACCAUAAGGAACCUAAAAAGCUGCGUUCCUUAAAAGUAUAUAUCAUAGAUUCUUCGGAACAGAAAAAAACCAAGAAAAACUUAAAAAAGUUUCUUACACGACGCCCCACUUUGCAAGCUGUUCGUGAAAAAGGUUAUAUUAAAGAUCAGGUAUUUGGAGCCAAUCUUGCUAAUCUAUGUCAGAGAGAGAAUGGCACAGUACCAAAGUUUGUGAAGUUAUGCAUUGAACAUGUUGAAGAAUAUGGUUUGGAUAUUGAUGGAAUCUACAGAGUAAGUGGCAACCUUGCAGUGAUACAGAAGCUGAGAUUUGCAGUCAACCAUGAUGAGAAGUUGGACUUGAAUGAUAGUAAAUGGGAAGAUAUUCAUGUCGUCACUGGAGCACUCAAAAUGUUUUUUCGAGAAUUGCCUGAACCUCUUUUCACAUUUAAUCAUUUUAAUGAUUUUGUUAAUGCAAUUAAACAAGAACCAACACAGAGAGUCGCUGCUGUUAAGGAUUUAAUCAAACAAUUGCCAAAGCCAAAUCAAGAUACAAUGCAGACUCUUUUUAGACAUCUCAAAAGAGUUAUAGAAAAUGGAGAAAAAAAUCGAAUGACCUACCAGAGUAUAGCAAUUGUUUUUGGUCCCACUUUAUUAAAGCCAGAAAAAGAGACUGGUAAUAUAGCAGUUCAUACUGUGUACCAAAAUCAGAUUGUAGAAUUAAUUCUUCUGGAAUUAAGCUCUAUCUUCGGACGCUGAUUCUUUUACUGAAGACAGAACCUGUGGAAUAGAAGCUGGAUUCCAUCAGACUUCAAAUCUUUAUACACAAUGUAUUUUUAUUUUUUGGACCAAGCAGUAACUUUGAUUUUGCACUUUUUUUGAGGGAUCAGAAGUGGGGGG